AUGUGCGGCGCGGCAGAUGUUAUUCCGCGCCUUCUCUCCACCCCUGAUAUCGAAAUAGAUUCACGAGACGAAGAGGGGUUGACUCCCCUGAUGUUUGCGGUCUCCCACGGCCACGAGGAAGUCAGCAGACUCCUGCUGAAUGCCAAUGCGGACCCAUUUCUCAAAGACGAAGAGGGCCGAGCCGCACUGUAUCAUGCCGCUUCAAAAGGUCAUGUCGCCACAAUGCGGAUUCUUCUCAAGACAAACCCAGAUCUUAUACGCUUCAAUAGUGCGUAA